AUGCUGCGACUUGUUGUGCAGUCGGCCAAGAUUAACCCACCCUUGAGCCCUUCACCCAAACCCUGCCUGACCAUCUACUUUAGAGAUAUGAAGAAAAGAACUCGUGUGGAGGAAGGGAAUGACCCCAUAUGGAAUGAGACACUAAUCUGGCACCUCUGGAACCAACCCCUGGAAAAUGACUCCUUCUUGCAAGUCAUCCUUCAGGAUGCUGGCUCAAAAAAGAAAGAAAGGUUCAUUGGCCUUGUCACUAUACUGCUCAAGCCACUGGUGCAAAACCCAAAUGAGGUCCUUUUUGUGAACAACCUGAACCUGCUCAACCAUUCCAUGAUGCCCACUGAGUGUACUGUCACCCUACAGGUGGCCCAAAUACACCACCAGGAUAUUGAGAAGACAGAUAAUGAAGACCUUCUGGGCAUAACUACAAGAGAGAUGGCCCAGCAGAAACUGAUGGUCCCUGGUGUCAUCAUGGACAAGACUCUGUCUUCCAAGCCUCAGCACUUUCAGGUUCGGCUGCAAAUAUUUGAAGCCCGACAGCUUCUGGGCAAUAAUAUCAAGCCAGUAGUGAAGAUAACCAUUGCAGGCAAGCAGCACCUCACACGGAUCAAGAUGGGAAACAACCCUUUCUUCAAUGAGAUCUUCUUCCAGAAUUUCUAUGAGGUUCCCGCAAAGUUCUUUGAUGAGACCAUCUUAAUCCAGGUGGUGAACUCCUCAGCAACAAGAUCCAAAGCAGAGAUAGGAAGAUUCCAAACAGACAUUGGGUUUAUCUACUAUUCCCCAGAUCACACACUCCUAAGGAAAUGGUUAGGCCUCUGUCAGCGAAAUAAGGCCAGCAGUGGUGUGAGAGGCUACCUGAAAGUCACCAUUUGUGCCCUCGGUGUGGGAGACCAGGCCCUGGUAGAUCAAAAGCCACCCUAUGCUGGCACCCAGAUCCAGAUCUUCAAAUCAACUUCAGCUCCAAUCAAGCUGGCUUACUUACAGUUCUUCAUCUAUUGUGCAGAAGACCUUCAUUUCAGAAAGCAACAGUCAGUCAAUCUUGUGGUGGAGGUGGAACUAAUUGGGGAUAAGCUCAGGACAAAACAGCAAAUGUACUCUAUCGACAACCCGAUAUGGAACCAGAUCCUGACCUUCCAAAUUCAGCUGCCCUGUCUCUCUAGCUUCAUCAAGUUCAGAGUCUUGGACUGCUCCAGAGGGGAUUGCCAGGAAGAGGUCGGGAAAGUCAGUGUCUGCCUCAACCACAUCUCAUCCACUGGCCAGGAGAUUGAAGGAAUGUAUUCUGGCUUCCUGCCCUGCUUUGGCCCCAGCUUCCUGAUUCUCCGUGGGGGUAAAAAGGCCCCUUUCAGGAUCCCAGAAGAAGGCACUUGCAUUUCAGAUAGUAUUAAGGAUGGUUUAGCUUAUCGAGGUCGAAUCUUUGUGGAAAUAAUCACCCAGAUCAAGUCCUAUCAAGGCACUGUGAUAAAGGAUCUGUCUCAUGAAGUGACCAAGGUGGAGAGACAGCAGUACCGCCAAAAGUAUGGACUGUGCGUCAUCUUCCUCUCCUGUACCAUGAUGCCCAACUUUAAGGACCUGAUCCAAUUCGAGGUCAGCAUGGGUCACUAUGGAAACAAGAUGGACCUGAACUACAAGCCUCUCGUCUCAACGACACAGUACAGUCCGGUGAUAUAUGAUGGGAACAUCUACCAUUAUGUGCCCUGGUACAACACAAAGCCUGUGGUAGCCAUCACCUCCAACUGGGAGGACGUCAACUUCCGAAUGAACUGCCUCAACCUCCUCCACAUCACACGGGAUCGCCUGAAAGCCAACCUGGACACCCUAAAGUCCAUACGAAAUCCGAGGGACCCAGCACUACUCCAACAGUGGAAGAAGCUGCUGACAGAGUUGACAGAGGACUGCCAGUGCCCUCUGCCUUGUAUGACCGAUCAGCCCAAAGCCACCCAGUUGGACAAGAAAAAGUGGAAACUCCGCAGUCUCCUCCUACAGGAACUAGCACAACAGGCCAAGGAAGCUCAGCCCAGAAACAUAGUGGCCACAGUGGAGGGAUGGCUACAUCGCCUCAAUGCUGUGCUCCCUGAGCCCCAGGAAAGCCUCCCUGAUGUGAUGAUCUGGCUGAUGGCUAAGGAGCAGAGAGUGGCCUAUGCUCGGGUGCCCGCCCACACGGUCUUAUUCUCCCCAGGGGGAGCCCAGCACUCCGGCAAGUUCUGUGGGAAGAUUCAGAACCUCCUCUUUCAGUACCCAGAAGGUGAAGGGCAGAAGGACACACUCCCAGCCCACCUCCGAAUCUGCAUGUGGCUCGGCAAUGUCACAGACAGCAAGGAUCUACAGCUGCUCCAGCAGGGCAACAUGGUGGUGUAUGCGGAGACGUAUGAGAAUCAGGCCAAAUACAAAGAUGAGUGGGGACAGCAGGGAUUGCAUCACUGCCCCAACUUCUCAGAUGUCAUGGGACGCAAGGCUCUUCCUAAGUCGGAUUUCAGGGCUCCCCCAGGAUGGCACUGGCAGGACAACUGGAUAGUGGAGCCUCAGCGGCGACUCCUCCUGGAUAUAGACAUCAACAAGAGCAAGGUGCUGGAGGAGGUGUACGAGAACCAGAGCCGAGAUGCCAAAGGCCCCUGGGUGCCUGCAGCCAUCCCCAACACGAAUGUGAAUGGACAGCCUGUGGAGGCUACAGAGAAUGUGAAGUGUCCCCAGGGCUGGCACUUCAAGAACCAAUGGAUUGUGGAGCUCAACCAUGCAGUGGACAGUGAGGGCUGGGAGUAUGGAGUGGGGAUCCCACCCUUGGGCUUGCCCCAGAUCUGGAGCUCGGUGGAGAAGACCUACCAUUCAUGCCGUCGGCGGCGCUGGGUGCGUGUGCGGUUCCGGGAUCACAGUGAACUGGGCCUGGAGCAGGAGACCCUCUCCUUCCUGCAGUUGCAGGGCCUGGCUAAUGAGGGAGAGGAAGGCUGGGAGUAUGGAACCUUCGGCUCCAAGUUCCACCUGGACCCACAACCAACAAGCCGGUUCCGCCGCCGAUGCUGGCACCGAAGGCUGGCGCCCAACAAGGAAAGGGACGUUGCCCCCAUAUUCCUCUUGGAGGGAUCCUUGGAAAUGGAUCUGAAAAAACACCCUGAGAAGGAACCAGAGAUGAGGAGGUCAUGGCAUCAGUUCAAAGAGUUCUUGAAACGUACUCCAGAGGAUCCCCGGAUCCCCACCAUGCCCUUCAUCUACUGCAUCCUCAACAAGCCCCACUACUACCAGCUCUUCUGCUAUAUCUACCAGGCCCGGAACCUGAUAUCCAACCAGAUCCUGACCUUCCAAGGGCCCUUUAUUCGAGCAGUCUUCUUGAACCACAGUCUGUGCACCCAGACCCUGCAAAACUCUACAGCACCAGUGUGGGCCCAGACACUCAUCUUCCAGCACCUUCUGCUGUUCGAGAACCCCCAGGACACCAAAGAGAGCCCCCCGCUCGUGAUGCUGGAACUGUGGCAACAUGAUUCUCGGGGAAAGGAGAUCUUGUGGGGACGGAGCAUGUGGCCCCCAGUGGUCUCGCUGGACCUCCAAGGCUGGGUCUUGGCCCCCCUGAGGUGGCAUCCCAUUGUGAAAGAAUUCGGGGAGGAAGAGGGUGAGAUCUUGGCAUCCUGUGAGCUGAUCCUUGAGACAGAGAAGCUAACAGAGACACAACUUCCAAUCCUAAACAUCCCCUGGAAGAAUGGGAUCUAUACACUGCCCAAGGACAUCCAGCCCACACUGAAGUUGAUGGCCAUCGAGGUUCUGGCAUGGGGCCUUCGGAACAUGAACAAGGUACACUACCCCCAGCUCCUGGUAGAAUAUGGAGAGAAGUCCCUGAGGACAGAACCCAUCAGCAACUUCCAGACCAACCCCAACUUCCCCACUUCCAUCUUCUUCCUCAUGGUGUCCAUGCCUGUGGAGGAGGCCUUCGCACUGCCCUUGGUGGUAAAGGUUGUGGACAAUCAGGACUAUGGCCAGCAGAUCGUGGUGGGUCAAGCCAACAUCAACUUCCUCCAGCCCUAUUUCUGUGACCCCUGGGCUCUGAACUACAGGCCCCCAAAGCUGCCAAUGCUGUCGGUGAAGAAACACAAGACUUUCCUAGGGUACAUCCAGAAGUUCUGGUUCAAGUCCAGCAAAAAUGAGGAUGAAUAUGAACACGACGUGGACUGGUGGAGCAAGCUAUUCUGGGCCACAGGCGAUGCUAACAAAUCCCUGAAGUACAAGUAUAAAAACUACUACACCCUAAAGGUGUAUGACUGUGAACUAGAGGCAGUUCCAGCCUUCCAGGGCCUGCAGGACUUCUGCCAGACCUUCAAACUCUAUCAGGAACAGCCCAAGGUGGACAGCCCUGUGGUAGGAGAGUUCAAGGGCCUCUUCCGAAUUUACCCAUUUCCUGAGGAUCCAGAAGCCCCCAAGCCCCCACGUCAGUUCUUAGUUUGGCCUCAGAAUGAGGACUUCCCUCAGAUGUGCUUGGUGCGGGUGUACUUGGUACGAGCCAUCAAUCUGCAGCCACAGGACUACAAUGGCCUGUGUGACCCUUAUGUCAUCCUGAAACUGGGGCAGAUGAAGCUUGGCAGCCGGGACUCAUACCAGCCCAACACUCUGGAUCCCAUCUUUGGCAUGGUUUUUGAAUUCACCUGUAAAAUCCCUCUGGAGAAGGAUCUACAGAUUCAGCUGUACGACUUUGACCUAAUUACUUCUGAUGAUGAGAUUGGAAGUACAGUUAUUGACCUUGAAAACCGACUUCUGUCUGGCUUUGGAGCCCGUUGUGGGCUCUCCAAAUCGUACUGCCAGUCAGGGCCCUUCAAGUGGAGGGAUCAGAUGUCCCCAAGCUACCUCCUAGAACACUAUGCCAAACAGAAAGGGCUGCCUCCACCAGUGUUUGACCAGGAGGAAGACUCUGUUUUAUACAAUGGGAAGAAAUUCAUGCUGCAAAGCUUCGAGUCCAAACCCCCUACCUUUCAGGGUUUGGGGCCCAAGAAGGAACGCCUGGCAUUGUACAUCUUGCAUACCCAGGGGCUAGUUCCUGAGCACGUGGAGACACGCACACUGUACAGUAACAGCCAGCCAGGUAUUGACCAGGGAAAGGUGCAGAUGUGGGUGGAUAUCUUCCCCAAGAUGCUGGGGCCUCCUGGCCCCCAAGUCAACAUCAGCCCCAGAAAGCCUAAACGGUAUGAGCUGCGCUGCAUCAUCUGGAGUACUGCCCAAGUGGACCUGGUGCAUAAGACUUUAAGUAGAGACAAGAUGAGUGACAUCUACAUCAAAGGGUGGUUAUUCGGACUAGAGAAGGACAUGCAGAAGACAGAUAUCCACUACCACUCCUUGACUGGGGAAGCCACCUUCAACUGGAGGUUCAUCUUUACCAUAGACUACCUGGCAGCAGAGCGUAUGUGCGUCCAAAGUCAGAAGGACUACAUAUGGAGCCUGGACCCCACAUCAACAAAAUUUCCAGCCAGACUCAUCAUCCAAGUCUGGGACAAUGACAUCUUCUCCCCUGAUGACUUCCUAGGGGUCUUGGAGCUGGAUUUAUCUGACAUGCCUCUUCCGGCCCAGAGCACCAAGCAAUGCUCCCUCAGGAUGCUGGAAACUGACUCCAAGUGGCCCCACCUCCAACAUAAGCGUAUCUCCUUAUUUAAGAAGAACACUGUAACUGGAUGGUGGCCUUGUCAGGUCCAAGAUAAAGAAAAGUGGCGUUUGUCGGGUAAAGUGAAGAUGACUCUGGAGAUCCUGUCAGAGCAGGAAGCUUUAAUCAGGCCAGCUGGGCGAGGCCAGUCAGAACCCAACCAAUACCCUACACUUCAUCCUCCUCUACGUAAUGAAUCCUCUUUCAUAUGGUUCCGGUCACCUAUUAAAAACUGCUGCUAUGUUAUCUGCAAACGCUACCGCUCCAAAAUCAUAUGCCUCUUCCUGAUAUUCAUUUUAGGGAUCAUACUGUUCAACUUUAUCUAUUCAGCUCCGAACUACUUGGCUAUGACCUGGAUUAAACCUGAACUUCGGCUGAAUCCUCCCAUUAAGAUAGUCAAUGUCAUCGGUUCAAUCAAAGGCAAGAGAAUCAACUCUUCCAUCUUUAACUCUGAGAAUUUACACCGACAGCGUGUAACAACCCAUAAGCCCUCACUCACCCACGGACCCAGGAAUUAUCUGAGUGAUAUCUUCCCAGAGCUUCCAGCUCCACAAGGAUAAUUGGCCUGGCUUUUCCUGUCCCUUGGGUUUCCUCCCAGAUCCUUGUUUGGGUCUUCUAGGACUAUCCAAGAAGCUCUGCAGAUUCUGACUAGUGUGUGUAAGAAACCACUUCUAGCAAGGGUACAGCUAUAAUUUUCUACUGAAAUAAAGUUUUCUAAGAAAGCUAUCUUGGAACUUGAAGGACUUGAGGGUAGGAACUAAAGACAAUGUGAGAGGCUGAAAAUGCCAGCUCUUCAGUGAAGACUCAGGGACAACGCCACCUUUAAGCACCCUUUCUAGUCCUCAGUUUCUUCCAGGCUAGGAGGCUCUGCCAUCAGAGGAAGUGAAGGAAAAGGUAACUGGAGAAGUGGCUCUUCUGGGUGAGUCACAUGCUAAGGCCAUGGCUCUUGCCCCAUCCAUGUACAUGUGCAUAAGAGCCACACAUGGACCAGGCACCAUCUUCUCCAGCAUACUCUAGGGUUACAAUGCCAGAACCCGCCACCAAUGGGAAAAAUUUGUUUCUACAAAAAGCAGGAGCUGAGCAGGGCCUACAAUGGUGAAUAGGUGGUUUUCUUGUACCACAUAUCUCAAAAGGGAAAAGCCUAGUUCCUAGGCUGGGUGGGGACUACACAUCCCACCUUCUGGCUUCUUUUAAAAGCCUCAGGUACUCAUGAGCAGGGAUCGCACAAACCUGACUCUCAUUCCAUCUCUCACUCCUCCCCUAUGAUCAGAUCCCUUCCAUUCCACCACUACAAUGGCCAUCUCAAGAGUCCGCCUAGGUCCUCCACCACAGAGGCCCAUUCAACCUUCCUUAAAGCUUAAAACAAAACUGCUGUUUCUUUUCAGUUCUUCUGACCUUAAAGGCUAGCUCUAGGUCACAGUUUGUCAUCUGCCUCCCUUGAGGUAUCUGGCUACUAUGGGAAAGGUGUUAAGAGGUGGCUUUCCACACUCCACCUCUAUCUCUCCUGCAAAAGGGCAACACGGCCUGUGCUGCUUAAUUAAGCACAUGGAAAAGAUGAAGCCUGAGAAGAUGGAUGUCUACCUGCAGCUAGGGUGACCCCUGCUCCCUUCUUCCUAGGCUGGGGGGAGAACAGGGUAGGCGGAUGAGGAGGAAACUUUUCCCAACUACCCAGGAUAAGAGUUGAUACACCUGAGCUUAGGACCUCCUACCUAAGCCCACCCUCGAAGAAGUACAAAUUCAAAAGCCCAUGACUGGUUCCAUCAGUCACUAAGAAUUUUCCUCAGACUACAAAGGCCAAAGGAGAG